UACGUCAAAUUUGAAUCCUCGCUCUACAUUCCGAUCUACUGAAGGGGGAGAAAACAAAGGACGCACCGUCAAUGGCACUGGUGGAAGCGGAUAUCGCGCUAAGUCGCCCAAAAGAAUCCCAAGAUGAGGGAGCGGAUUCCCAAAGCUAUCACAUCGUGCUGAGCUCCACGAGUUUGCCGAAACGAUUGAUCGCCAGCUCCCCAUACACCGACGAAGCCCAUCUCUUGGAUCUCGACCGCCUAGAGCUUCCUUCCCGCGCACUGGCGCUCGCACUUCAAUCCAUGGAGGCAACCAGUGAGAGCUACGCGACCACCCCCUACCUCGAAGCGUUCAACUGGCCCGCCGUGUUCCAGCGCGUCCAGCAAGAGACGCUCAACGAAUCCACCGCAGCUGAGAAGAACCUGUGGGAUUGGUCCUUCUACGUCGUCGUGUUCCGCUCCAUCAUUUCCCCCACUGUCGACCGCGACCUCAUGUUCCUCCUCGACAAAGAGUCCCAUCGCGAAGCCUCGGAGAGCGGCGGGUUGCUCAAGUAUUGGUACGGGAGCCCGAAUGCCGAGUCGCGGAACCUGGCUACCUGCUUGUGGAGGAGCGCGGAGGAUGCGAGGGAGGGAGGGAAAGGCCCGUUGCAUCGGAUGGCGCGGGCGGAGGCGAAGAACUUCUAUAAGACGAUCACAUUCGAGACGUGGAAGCUGGACGUGAAGAGGGCAGGGGAGGAGUGGAGCUUGGAGAAAAUCAGCUGAUGAGUGGAUGGAUACGGCGUUCGCUGAUAUCAUGGGUCUUCCAACGCACCUAGAUUUGUAAUACCUAGUUACCUAAGUUAGCACGAGCAUAGCAUGAGCAUAGCAUGGAUAUAGCGGGCGCUAAUGGGCGCACCGGACUAAAAUUGAAUCCCUAUUCCGGGA